AAGGGGAUUGUGGUUGGAGCGAACAGCAACAAGGGCGGCUGUGUUCUGACUGCUGAUGCCCAGAAAGUUGAUGCCGCAUCCAAUGGACGUUUGCAGAAGCUCAUAAAUUUGGAUAUCACUGUGUGACGUGCUCUCUUUGGAAUAAUGGCUUCAAAUUCACCAUCAUCAUCAUCACACAACACAACCCAUCAACGGAGCCGUCCUACCAAACGACAGCAUCCAGCUGUGUUGAAUGGUGUCGGGGGAUCCUUCGAAGACAAGAACAAUGACUACUUGUGUCCCAUUUGUUUCGAACUUAUUCAGGAGGCUCAUAUAACUCGUUGUGGACAUACAUUUUGCCACCAAUGCAUUGCAAAAUCAUUGGAAUCGAGUGGACGGUGCCCCAAAUGUAGCUAUUCUUUGGGAUCACUGGAUAAUGUUUUCCCUAAUUACUUACUAAAUGAAUUGAUCUCUAAAUUCAAAGCGAAGUCCAAAGUCAAGAACGAAUUCAGUGCCACCUCUAGUAGUUCAAGAGAGUGGGCACAGAGUCCAGUUGAUGGACUAAGAGAAUUUGUGUCAACUGAAUCUCGUAAUCUUACACUUCCGGACGUCAAUGUAAUUCUUGAAUUACUUACUCAACGGAAAAGUGUCCUUGAAGCAGAAUCUUCGUAUUCUCAGAACAAAUUACUUCACGAGUUCUUAGAGCAUUUAUUGAGACUGAAAGAAUCUCAACUGGAUUUGUUGAACAAAGAGGUAUCUCUUAUAAAACAUGACAUGUCCGAGGUUGAUAGAGUUCUCAAAGACUGCACCCCAGGUGCUGAAGAUAUAUGUGUAAACUUAGAGAGCAGACCAUCUUCAAUGAAGUCAAAGAAGAAAGCUGUUGUGUCUAAUUCUCUAGACAGUUCGACACCCCAAGAGGAAACUGUAUCACAAGACAGUGAAGGUUUCAAUGAAAAACGCCUGGCUGGAAGCAUUGUAGAAAACAGACUUGCAUCACGUAGGAAACGCAUGCAUACACAUUUUGAUGAUUUUGUCCAAUGUUAUCUGAAUAUUAGAGCCAAAGAAGUCACUUUUGGCAGGCCCAGUGAAAAAUCUACCAUGUCAGCAGACACUGGAAGUGUUAGUGCUGGUGGUUUAGAUACAUUCAGAGAGAAUUUGGUGAAGUUUUCUCGUUACAACUACCUUAGACCUUUGGCCACUCUUAAUUAUUCCAGUGAUAUAUUCAACAACUCAACCAUAGUAUCCAGUAUUGAGUUUGAUAAAGAUAAUGAAUUUUUUGCAAUUGCUGGGGUAACCAAAAGAAUAAAAGUCUUUGAGUAUGGGUCAGUCAUUCGAGAUGUUGUGGACAUCCAUUACCCUUGUGUGGAAAUGACAUCGACCUCUAAGAUAUCAUGCAUUAUCUGGAACUCUUAUCACAAAAAUGUAUUGGCAAGUAGUGAUUAUGAAGGUGCUGUUACUGUUUGGGAUGCAGCAACAGGUCAAAGAACAAAGACAUUCCAGGAACAUGAGAAACGCUGCUGGAGUGUAGACUUCAAUGCUGUGGAUUCCCGACUCAUUGCUUCAGGAUCUGAUGAUGCUAGGGUGAAGCUUUGGAAUUUAAAUAUGGAAAAUUCCGUUGCAUCCUUGGAAGCUAAGGCUAAUGUCUGUUGUGUGAAAUUCAACCCUUGCAGUUCAUUUCAUCUAGCCUUUGGUUCUGCCGACCAUUGUGUUCAUUAUUAUGACUUGCGAAAUAUGAAAGAAGCACUCAUGGUAUUUAAAGGACAUCGGAAAGCUGUGUCUUACGUCAAAUUUCUGAACAAAGAAGAUAUUGUUUCAGCCUCAACAGAUAGUCAGUUGAAAAUGUGGAAUGUGAAUAAUUUGCAUUGUCUUCGUUCCUUUGUGGGACAUACCAAUGAAAAGAAUUUUGUUGGCUUAGCCACAGAUGGAGAUUACAUUGCUUGUGGCUCAGAAAAUAAUUCUCUGUAUGUGUAUUACAAAGGGCUCACAAAGCAACUCUUUAGUUUUAAAUUUGAUGCUGUUCGAAGUAUUUUAGAGAAAGAUAGGAAAGAGGAUGAUGUGAAAGAGUUUGUAUCUGCUGUAUGCUGGAGGCAAAAUUCCAAUGUUGUUGUGUCUGCUAACAGCCAGGGAAUUAUUAAAAUAUUGGAAUUAGUAUGAAUUAUGUGCAGUUGAAUGCAGGAGCUAACCCUUACAGAUUUUAAAGUCAAUGUGCCAAGUUUUAUAUAUGAUUAUGCAAACUGUUUGUACUUAUUAUUUCCCCGUCCACUUUUGCCCUAUCUUAAUAAAGUCAUCUUUCAAAAUAUGCAUCUGGUGCCUCUUUUGCACUGCAAUCUUCUUAAGGUUAGAUGCAAGGUGGUAGUAUGAAUGUUAUAAUGUGAAGUCACCUUGAAGACAAGGAACACAAUUAGCAGUCAUUUAAUUAUUAGAAUAUGGCUCAAGGGCACUAGAUGAAUAUCUGAAUAAUUAGACAUCGAAGCUUGCUGUGAUCCUACUCAAGUUUCAAGGGGAUGUUGUUCAUGCCUUAGAGAAAAAUUUAUCAAAGCGUACCCGAACUCUGCCUUAGAAGUUACGGCUAAACUUUAUAUCCAAAGUUGUUAAGAGGUGUAUGCAAUGACUUCCAGUGCACCUCUUUCUGUUUAAGUAACUUAGUCAAGAAGAUUGGUUUUAGUUUCUCAGUUGCAAUAAUAGUUGUGAUAUGGACUGUAGAUAAUUUGUCUUGAACAAAUCAUAUUGAAUGAAAGAUGCUUGAAAUUAAAUGUUCUAUUAGAAAACGUAGCCCAUAACUAAAUUCCACUAAUGUUUUAAUGCAACCAAAAUCGGAGUGAAUUGAAAUUUUAAAAAUUUGUUUUCUGUUAAAUGCAAUGUUGAAGUUCAACUACUUAGUGCACUGUAGUUCUUUAUAUUUUUCUACACACUGUGCAUUUGUUUUUGUGAUCAAAGCCCAUUAGCUGGCAAACAAUUUAGUUAAGGUUUUCAUUUAAGAACGUCAUGUGCCUAGUUAUUGAAGUUUCCUGUUGACAAGAUGAUGAAAAAAACAAACAUGAAAUAUAAUUUUAGCAAAUGACUUAAAUGUGAUAGCACUGGUUCAUUUGUUGGCUAUUUUUGUUUUCCUCCAAAAUUGUGUGCUCAUAUAUUAAAUGAAUAAUCUUCUGUCUCUCUCUCCUCAUUAAUAAAGCAAAUUUAUCAUUCAUCACUUCUUCAAACUUUACAGUAAUUUUAAUUGUUCUUUUUUUUAUAUGAUUGAAUUAUUAUAACUUUGACAGAAAUGCAACCAGUAUCCAUUCCUUUAAAGGAACAAAAAAAAAUGAUCUAAGUAUGUUGUGCUCAUAGCUUUGCUUAAGUAUUUAUAGACUUGAAGUAGAGCUAUUAUGUACAAUAAAUAAUUCUUUAGAAAAGAAGCAAAAUAGUUUUUUGAAGAUAAAAAGCACCAUAACUUGCCCUGCCAUAUUUAUAACAGGUCAAGCAAUCUUCUUUAGUACAAUUAUUGAUGAGUAGCAAGAACAUUAUAGAAACAAAAUAUCCCCUUGUUUUCAUGGCACAAAUGAGUGUGUGAAAUCACUUAUGGUGUGAUAAUUCAUACUCGUGUAAGCUGCUUUAUUGUUGUUAUUGUUGUUGUGAAAUAAAUGAUUGAACAUU